CUGAUCGCAAUUCCACACGACACAUCUGUACAACUUCAACCACUAUCCAAUUCUUCUUCAAACAUCAUCGACCUUACUCAAAACUCCUAUCUACGACCAUGACCCGUUCUCACAAAGUCAACGACCGUGACCACGUUGGUCUCGCCAACGGCACUGCUUCUCCCGAAGAGCAUCUCCCUCGCUACUUUGCCAAGUCCGGUUUCAGUGCCAAUGACAACCCCAACAGAAUCAAGAAGUCUGGUAACGGCAAGGGCAACUGGGGCCGCCAAGGUGAAGAGCUCGAAGACAUGGACGACAUGUACCGCCCGAGCAAGCCCCGCCGCCGCAGCAAUGCCUCUGCCCAACUUCUCGACGCCAUGACUUCCAAGUUUGAAGUCGUCGAGGCCGAGCCUAUGUUCAAGGAGAAUGUCCAUGGUGCUUCUGCUCACGACUAUGCUGUCCUGGAGAAGACCAUGUCUAUGGAGUCUGCCCCCAGUGAGGCUGGAACUACUACUUCUUCAGAGGGUGAUGAGGGAAUGGCCAAGUAGAGGUAAGAGGGUGAUAGACUGUAAGAAUUGGGCAUGGGACACCGCUGGCGUUUGUCUUGUGGUAUCUACCAUUCACCUAGAAGCGAUAUUGGUAAGGUGGGUGGCAGGGCUCGAUGUCCUGCACAUCGAUACCGAUUGAAAGCUUUCUAGCAUGUAUUACGAAAUGACACGAAUUUAUUGAAGCUGAA